UUUACGCGCAGUGAGUCCCUCCACACAGCACAGCCCAGAGGCGGCAGCAGAGAAGCACCGAUAUAUCACACACAAGAGAGAGAACGCAUCUGUUCUGUCCGCGUAGCCUGCAGCAGGUGACUUGGCUGAGCAUUCGGAGAUAGACACAAGAGUUCACGACCUCGGUCACUCAAGAUGAACUCAGCCUAAAACCGUGGGUGUUGAAGAUGUCCAUCGUCGCCUUGGAGGUGGCCUCGCCAGUCUCAUCCUUGAUAGAGACUUUGAGCUGAUCCUGAUCCAAACCAGUCACAGUUUCUCCAGCAGACCGAGGGAGUGGGCUCAGCCAAUCAAAGUGAUUAGCAGACUCGUACAGCCAAUCACGGCGACUCUAGCAACAUGACGACCAAACAGCUGUGGCCAACUGAGAAGGGUAUAGAAAGACGAUAACUGCCUGUCUACCCCAUCACCCUGUACCCCUCUGCACCGCCUUGAACUCGAGUCCCCUAUCAACUCCCAGUCUCUACCCCCUCAGAGAGAGUUCAGUAAGCACCCUCUAACAGCCUCCAAAGCCCUUCUUCCACCAUGACCAAUAACAGCAGCUCCCCUGGCAUCUGGGAGACCCCUGAUUGGUCCGAGUCAGGCCAGUGCCCGCCCUCGGUGUGCGGGGCCACAUUCCUUAUUGUGGCCUACAGCACGGUGAUCGCGGUGGGGUUACUAGGCAACGUGGGCCUGGUGUUCAUCAUCGGGCGGCAGAAGGAGCUGCGUAACGUCACCAACAUUCUGAUCGCCAACCUGUCCUGCUCGGACAUCCUGAUGUGUGUGGUGUGUCUGCCAGUCACCGUCAUCUACACUCUGAUGGACCGCUGGGUAUUGGGGGAGGCACUCUGCAAGGUCACCCCGUUUGUACAGUGUGUGUCAGUGACGGUGUCUAUAUUCUCCCUGGUGUUGAUUGCGUUGGAGCGCCAUCAGUUGAUCCUGCACCCUACUGGCUGGUCCCCAGCAGCAGGCCACUCCUAUCUGGCCGUAGGUCUCACCUGGUUGGUCGCCUGCUUAAUAUCCCUCCCCUUCCUAUCCUACAACAUUCUGACUGACGAUCCCUUCCAGAACCUCACACUGCCCGCCAACCCCUUCAGGUUAGUGUGUGUGUGUUUGAUUGUGCAUGCCAGAUGUAGGACUCUCUCUCUCUUCCUCUCCCUCUCUCUCUCUCUCUCUCUCCUCAGAGACCAUGUGAUCUGUAUGGAGAAAUGGCCGACAGAUAGACACCGUCUGGCCUACACCACCUUCCUGCUGCUGUUCCAGUACUGCGUCCCCCUGCUAUUGGUGCUGCUCUGCUACCUCCGCAUUUUCCUACGCCUACGUCGACGCAGGGACAUGGUGGAGCGGAUCCGGAAUGCCCGAGGAGCCCAGAGGAUCAAUGCUAUGCUGGCGGCCAUCGUAGCUGCCUUCGCCCUCUGCUGGCUGCCGCUCAACGUGUUCAACACGAUAUUCGACUGGCACCACCAGGUGCUGCCCGCCUGCCAGCACGAUGCUUUGUUCUCUGCCUGCCACCUCACUGCAAUGGCCUCCACCUGUGUCAACCCUGUGGUGUAUGGCUUCCUGAACAGUAACUUUCAAAAGGAGUUGAAGGUUCAGCUGCAGCGCUGCCACUGUGGCUUGGGGGCGCCAGAGAGCUAUGAGAAUUUCCCACUCUCUACCGUCGGCAGCGAGGGGAUAACCAAGAUGUCAACGCUGAACCGGGCAGGGUCAAUGAGCACCGCGCUGCCUCCACGGGCCGAGCCCAAUGUUAGCAUACGCAGCUAACGUCUAGCCAACAGAGUGGCUAAUGCUAAUGGAUGAGUAGUGUAGCGUCUACAGCUGUCAGACAGGGUGUAAACAACAAGGAUACAGUUCAUAUCAAGUAAGCAGCAAACAGACAAACCCUCAAAUAAACAGAACUGGCAUAGAGCAGCUAACGCUAAUGGACAGAGCUAGCGGCUGAUGCUAAAGAGAGACAGAGUGGAAAUAAGCAGCUGGACAGACAGGACAGACAGAGCUAGUUGGCCCCAGUUUCCAUGAGGUUCAGUCAAUUUCUGAAUUCCUAUAAAGCAUUGCAGGCCGAGCAGACUGUACAGGACUGAUGAAUGCACUUAGCUAAAAUAAAAUGAACGAACAGAUCCAUACAGCUAAUCAACGGAGCAGCUCGUGGACAGAGAGCACACAUGCAGCUACACUAGGUAGCACACAGCUGGAGAGACUGCGACAGAGUGACAGACCCAGGGACGUGUGGGCUCUGUUUCCAUGGUGACGGGGUAUUUCUGAACUAAGUCAGUUUGUUCCCAGAAGAAUUGUCGUCACCAGAGUUUGACAUCAUCCUGGGGUGUUAAGCUGCUGUCACGCCAGUCAGAUGGAUGGACAGACGGUCAGUCAGUCAGUCAGUCAGACAAUUCCGAACUCAGGGCUGCCUUGAGCUGAUAUGGCAGCUGUCUGUCUAACAUCAGAAUAACCCUGUUGACACUGACAGCCCUCCCUGUCAGUCGCUGUCUCCCUGUGAGCUGUUCAGUAAUCAGAGAGAUCAGUCUGAGACAUGCUGAUGAAAGAGACAGAGAGAGGGGAGGAGAGAGAGAGAGUCCCUGAUGUUGCUUACGCAUUGCAGACAGAUCAUACAUACACAGAGCUGGCUGACCGGACUGGCUGUCUGGUCUACUGACUGUCUGGCUGGUCUACUGUCUGGCUGUCUGGUCUACUGACUGUCUGGCUGGUCUACUGUCUGGCUGUCUGGUCUACUGACUGUCUGGCUGGUCUACUGUCUGGCUGUCUGGUCUACUGACUGUCUGGCUGGUCUACUGUCUAUCUGUCUGGGUGGCCGACUGGCUGAUUGGCUGACUGGCCUACUAUAGAUCUUCAUCAAUAAUUUAUGAUUGUACAGAACAGUGGAAAUGGAUGUAAAAAAAUAUAUAUCAUGAUUUUUAUAUUUUUGUCUAAAAGUAAAACAAAAAUUCCACUUCUUUCCAUUUGUGGUGAAAGUGCCAAGGCUCCAGCUUGAUGUUGUGCAUCUGUAAUUUUAUAUAUGGAGUGUUAUUGUUAUUGUUUUUGUUAGCUCUGAUUUUAAUGAUCCAACCAUAUCGCUCAUGUGUAAAAUUAGUAUCAGCUUUGGUGUGUGUGUGUGUGUGUGUGUGUGUGUGUGUGUGUGUGUGUGUGUGUGUGUGUGUGUGUGCGUGCGUGCGUGCGUGCGUGCGUGCGUGCGUGCGUGCGUGCGUGCGUGUGUAAACCCUCUUAGGUGUGUGUUCAGGAUAUAAUCACCUCAGCCCUUCUCAUUGGCUCCUGCUCCAGACAUUGAGGCCUGUUAGGAUCUUAACAUCAGGCAGUUUCCUGCUUCGCUAGAGCCAAUCAUGUGUUACCAUGUAACUUCUGCUACAUGCUAAUGUGUUAGCUUUGGCCGGUCCAGAAACAAUCCUGGCCCCUAACUCCUGGGCCCUGAGUGCUGAACUAGAACAGGAUCCUAGUGCAGAUAUGAACUCACCACUGUAGUACAGAUGUCGGAUUUUAAUUUGAUCACUCUUUUGUCCCUCUCUCGCUUGCUCAAACACUGAAGCACCAGACAGUAUCCCCCCCCCCUACUGCUACUGUAGUAAUAGGUCCUAUUACUCCAACAUUCAAAUGUACAGAAAUGUAUCUGAAAUGAACCUAUACAUGUCAAAAAACGCGUUGUUUUAUAUAUCUUAAUAACAAAAAUAGAAAUUGGUCCACUACGACAUACAAGUGACAAGUGUAUCCGAAAUGCAGCCGUACAGUAGGCUACACCCAAACUAUAGCCUACUGUAGCCUAUCAAAACGAAUUGCACACAUAGGCCUAUAACAUGAGAUGUUGAGGUGAAAUUGAGAGUAGUGAGGAAUGGAGUGUUAAGGUAAGAGAGCGACUGAUAAAGAAUACAAAGGCAAAAAGGUUACGAAUCAACUAUCGAAAUGUAGUUCAAUAGUGGCAUGGGGUGGUCUAGCGGGCUUGGUUCUGGCACACACCCUUCUGACAGCCACGUCCUUCUGGCACCCACGUCCUUCUGACAGCCACGUCCUUCUGGCACCCACAUCCUUCUGACAGCCACGUCCUUCUGGCACCCACACCCUUCUGACAGCCACGUCCUUCUGGCACCCACACCCUUCUGACAGCCACGUCCUUCUGACAGCCACGUCCUUCUGACACCCACAUCCUUCUGACACAUAUCAUUCAAACCACCGAUUGACUUGAUUUACUUACACAUUUCAAAGACACAGAUUUUUUAAUUUUUUUUAAAGAGACCAUACUAAUAUUUGAAAGACUUUUGUAUUUAAUGGGUAACAUAACUAGGAAUUGUGAAUGUGAAUAUCAAAUAAUAACGUUAGGGUACGCCAACAUUAGUUUCCAUUCGUGCAAAGUGUUGGGGGUAAAAUGCCACAGUCGAUUUGCCGUCGUGGUAAAUGAGGAAACACUUGAUUUCAAUUGUACUGAAUGCUUGUUAAACACAUAACUCACCCAUAGUCUGUUCGAAAAGGACAGAGGCCUGGGUUCAAUCGGAUCAAUCUUUAACCGGAGAAAGCAGACACCCGCAUAGCCAAUGCUUUGGCGUUGUUGGAGAUGGAACUGCACCCGAGCCAUCAAAUGGGGAGCAGCUGCUCUUGCAAUCAUUGUCAUGAAGCCACACCUGCCACCCUUAUGAAAUUCAGAACGAGGAAGUGUACGCUAUAUAGAAAUAAUUGAAAAUCAUGAAACUAAACAAUGAGGCUUUCUAUCAUCCUCAUCGAGAUGUAUAGUACAUCUCAAAUUUCAGUGUUCCAACUUGUAAACAAGGCUGCAUGGGAUUUCUGUUAAUGUGACUCCGUGCAGCCAAUGGCAAUGUCCGCUUUAGGUAUAAUCAGUGGUGCAGCCAAUGGCAAUGUCCGCUUUAGGUAUAAUCAGUGGUGCAGCCAAUGGCAAUGUCCGCUUUAGGUAUAAUCAGUGGUGCAGCCAAUGGCAAUGUCCGCUUUAGGUAUAAUCAGUGGUGUCUAUUCAUGGGUGCCAAGGGAAGCCAGGCUUCCCAAAAUAUACAGUACCAGUCAAAUGUUUGGGCACACUUACUCAUUCCAUAGUUUU